GCGCGUGUCCGAGUAAUCAGGAUUAAAGAGACGGCGAGACUCGCCGAGGAGUAAACUUACAUACCGCGCGCCGGGAAGCAGUUGGAACCGAGAUCAGAGUCUUGUUUAUAACGGGAAGCUGAAAAUGACUUUGAAGGACGGUUUGCUGCUGCUGCUGAUGCUCUUCUUAAGCAGAAGCCAUCGAGGAGACACUUCAGACUGUCACAAAUCUUCUGUGAAUGCACUGGAAGGAGAAUCCGCUGUACUCAGAUGCCAACCAGAGAAUUUUCCGUUUUUAAAUGACACAAAUUUUGAAAGUUAUGGGCUUACAGUCACCUGGAGAUUUGACCCGUCGAGGGGGAAGGAACACCAAUUCACUAAUUUGUCCAACGUAAAGAAGAAGGGUUUAUACCUACUGAUUGCUAACGUAGCAUUAGAAGAUUCCGGAGGCUCCUAUAAUUGCACUAUACACAAUGGCACCGAUAUUGUUGGAGUGAAAAGUUUUCUCCUGAAUGUUUACAAAGGAAAAUGCUUUAACGAAAGCUCUGUAUAUCGGGUCAAUACAAAUACUGGGAUAUACCAAAAAUUGUCCUGCCCAGAUCUCUGCGAGUUUCCAUGGACCUCUCCAGACAUAUCAUGGCAAAAGGACUGUAAGGACAGCUUGGUUUCCUCAGGUGCCGAUAUCGAAUUCAAAAAGGUUACAAAAGCAGAUGCUGGCAAUUAUAUAUGCAGAUAUUCAUUUGAAUAUGAAGGAGUCCGAUAUAAUAUCUCUCGAACCAGGCAGCUACGUGUAGAAGACGCACCUGAAGAGAUGAUUCCAGACAUUAUUGAGCCAGAUGUGGACAAGAAGCGGGUAUACGUGGAAGUCGGUAAAGGAGUGACCAUCGACUGCAUUGUUGUUGCAUACACAAACCAAGAUGUGGAGUUUUCUGACAUUUACUGGAGUGAAGAAAAUAAAAGCGAGGCUAUAAAAUGUAACCAAACAAUCUGCUUUAAAAAACAUCAUGAAAAACUUCGUCACAACUAUCAUAUUACAGUAAAACUGAAUUUGACAAAAGUUGAAAAAGAAGACAUUGGAAAAACUUACAUUUGUUACCUGAAUUCGAAGGACGGAAGCAAAAAUGUUUCAGUUAUUCUGGUGGAAAAAAUUAAUUCUACAGAUAUUACCCAGAACUUCUUCAUAAUGGGUGUUAGUUUGGCCGUCAUUUUUAUCACAUUGCCAGUCACUCUCAUCAUCAUUUGUGUUGUGCUCAGAGUUGAGAUUGUGCUCAUUUACAGAAAAGUCACCGGCAAGGAUGAAACAGUCGGAGAUGGAAAGGACUAUGACGCCUAUGUCACCUGGUGCAAAUCCAGUACUACGCCAUCAUACCAUGCAGAAGAAGGGAAGUUCAUACUGGAGACGAUGCCUUCUGUACUGGAGAAACAUUUUAAUUACCGACUCUGUAUUUAUGAACGUGAUGUUCUCCCUGGGGGUGCAUUUGUGGACAAUACUUUGGAAUACAUUGGCAAAAGCAGAAGAAUGAUUUUGAUCCUAAGUGGCGAAAAUGUGGUCGACGAGAGUCAUUACGAAUUGGUCACCGGGCUGCACUCCGACUUGGUUGAGAAGAAGAUUCAGGUGAUACUGAUCGAGUACAAGCCUCUGAACGAUCUAAAGUCUCUACCAGAGUCCCUCCGACUUCUUGUGAAGGAAAGGGGCACCGUUAAGUGGAAAAAUAGUCAAGCCGACAACUACAACUCUCGUUUCUGGAAGAAGAUGCGAUACUACAUGCCGGCGAAAAAAAUGGCGUCGCCUCAUACUGAUGAAAUGAAUUUGCUGUAAAAUCUCUUUACAUAUCCAACACAAAGUGCCUGAAAUUGUUGUAAUAAAGAUAAAUUUCAGGGAACAUUAGAGAAGAUGAAAAGUUAAGUGAUUUAUUUGUGCCCUGCCCUUACCCUGGACUCUGGAGUUCGUAGAUUGAGAAGAUAUCAUGAACUCAACAUGGAGUUACGCUACAAGCCAAGUAAACUGCUAUUUUUGUAACUUUGUAGCUCUCAUUUGGCCUCCUAAAACUUGAAAUAAUGUAUCAUUAAA